CGCAUAUUGGUCCCUAGUUUUCAAUAAACUAAACGUUUGUUUAAUCAUUUCACACAGAAUUUGUAAUAUCGUUAAAGAAUUACCACGUUAGUGACCAGUCGAACGGUCGUAAGACUUGUUUUUUUGUCAAAUUGUUCCAGUGCCUAAAAUGAGUAUGAAAAUGCCAGGAAGUCACGCCAACGACAAUGGUAUAUAUGACUAUGAAGAGAAUUCCUACUUCUCUGAGACCAUUGAGAACACAGGGGUGGAGGAAUUCAAUGCUCAAGAGGACUUCUCUGAGUACCUCUGGAUGGAGAAUGAAGAGGAGUUUGAUAAAGAGGUCAUGCAAAGAUUGGAGGAAGAGGCACUGAUGGAACAGUGUAUCGAAGCCAUGCUUGAUGAUGAAAAUUCAGAGCGUACGACUCCUAGUUCUGCAACACAGGAGUCGACCAAUGAAGUGGCUAACCUCAUCAACAACUUAAAACUGGACAACGUCGACGUGAAGGGAAGCAAUUUGAAUCCGCUGGCAGCUGAGUUUGUACCGGGUGGAACCACCCCGAACAAGACCACAUCCACGGAAACUGCACCAAAAGUUUCCUCGUAAACAGUUCCACUGGGUAAAAAGAUGAAUUUGGAAUCUCACGUGUAUAUAACACACACAAACAAAAAAAAAAUAGUCAUUGUUGUUUCAUGUUUAGACUUGUUCAAAUCUCUAUUUAAAUUGUUGUAAUUUCCGUUCCCUUAAAUCUAUUCCCUUCUCCACACAAAAGCAAUUUUUUAAACUCUUUAAAUUGAUGUUGUAAGCUUAGUACUGAUGCUUACAAAAAUAUAAUGUAGUAAGUGAGAUUACAUAUUUGUUCUUGAUGUCUAAAUGGCAGUUGCAUAAAGAUCUCAUAUUUUUUUAAAGUUAUUAAAGAAUAACCCAUACUCUUAUUAGUGUGAUUAUUCAAGCAGCUUUAAUCAACUUUAGUAAUGUGAGUUUUUGAUGCUAUGUAUAUCUUGGUUUGAAGAUUAGUUGUAUAUUUUUAAUGUAUAAAUGAAUCUCGAAAAAUACAUAGAUUUUCAUAGGUGUACUUUUGGGGUUCAGAGGAACAGCGUCUUAAAUAAUAUAACUUAGUGUUAUAUGUUUUUUUGUAUUAUUUUUUUUUUAACUUUGUGGCAGCACCUUUAAUUUUAAUUACUUAUUUCUGCCUACUGGUUUAUAGGAUUAAUUAUUGAUCUUUGUGAUACAUAAUGUAAGAAAUAAGUAUUUUUAGUAGAACUUAAUCUUAAUACUUUUCGUCUGAACCCUGUGCUUUUAAUGGAUGGGGCAAAUUAUAAGAAAACCUGGCACUCUAUCACAUUUUUAUCAUUAAGUACCGUUCCACCACUACAUAUUUACUUUUUGUUUAAUUAAGUAAUGACUCCAUACAUUUUAGAUUUGACUCUUAAAGUUUGUCCUACGUCACCUGUGUUUGAUUAUUAAAAAAAAUACUGCAUUCAAUUUUUUGUAUUGAUGUAUUCUGUCCUCGUCACAAUCUCUUUAACUACACUGAACCUCAAUUUUUCGGUUUUGUGGGUGAUAAUACAAGGCUGUGCGAGAACAAAAGAAAAUAGUUACUUUUGUACUUUUAGCCUCAAUUUUUUUGUUUGCUCUCUUAAAAAAACGAUGGUGCGAAAGAUUGUAUAAGUUUGUAUGAUUCUUAAAGGAUAAAUAAAUUAUUUGAAGUACA